GAGAAGGAGAGAGAGAGAUUUUCGCCCAUUCAUACUAUAAGGAGGCUACUGCAUCGUGGUCCUCAGUACUUAUACAGCUUAGCUGACGGAGAGCAGGAGGCAAAGAAAGAGAGAGAGAGAGCGAGAGAGAGAGCAAGAGAGAGAGAGAGAGAGAGAGAGAGAGAGAGAGAGAGAGAGAGGAAAAAGAGAGAGAGAGCGAGAGAGAGAGCGAGAGCGAGAGCGAGCAAGAGAGAGAGAGAGAGAGAGAGCAAGAGAGAGAGAGAGAGAGGGAGAGAGAGAAAGGAGGGAUGGGUGCAGAGUGUGUGAGGAGCGAGAAGUCACUGUGAUUCCGCCAAACAGUGGAGUUUCCUCCAGCUCUGCUCUGCUCUACUCUGCCCUGCUCUACUCUACCUGGUACUUGAGGCCCUGUGUGUGUCCAGCAUGAGUAACAUCUACGAGUCUGCAGAGGCGACCCUCGGCCUGUGCAACUCUUCCUGUCUGACCAAGGUUGAGCUGAGAGUGGCUUGUCAAGGGAUCUCAGACCGAGAUGCCCUUUCUAAACCAGACCCCUGUGUUGUCCUCAAGAUGCAGUCACACGGACAGUGGUUUGAGGUGGACCGGACAGAGGUGAUCCGUAGCUGUAUCAGUCCAGUGUUCUCUAAGGUGUUACUGGUUGACUACUACUUUGAGGAGGUGCAGCGUCUUCGCUAUGAGCUACAUGAUAUCAGUCCCGCUCACAACGGACUCAGAGACACAGACUGCCUCGGGGCUAUGGAGUGCACGUUGGGACAGAUCGUGUCCCAGAGGAAACUGUCCAAAGCGUUACUUAAACAGGGAAACGCUACCAGCAAGUCCUCCAUCACGGUAACAUCAGAGGAGUUGUCAGGUAAUGAUGACUACGUAGAACUCUCCUUCAGAGCUCGGAAACUAGACGACAAGGAUUUCUUCAGUAAAUCAGAUCCAUUUUUGGAAAUCUUCAGAAUAAAUGAUGAUGGCAGUGGAUCACUUGUUCACAGAACUGAGACGGUGAUGAAUGACCUCAGCCCGGUGUGGAAGUCAUUCAAGGUCUCUCUUAACACACUGUGUAGUGGAGACCACGACCGCCAACUGAAGUGCACAGUGUAUGAUUGGGACUCCAAUGGGAAGCACGACUUCAUUGGAGAGUUUCAGACCACCUAUAAGGAGAUACGGACAGACCUGGAGGGGAGACAGAUGCAAUGGGACUGUAUAAACCCGAAGUACCAACUGAAGAAGAAGAACUACAGAAACUCUGGCGUCAUCGUCCUCAACCACUGUAAGAUCAUCAAGAUGUAUUCUUUCCUGGAUUACAUCAUGGGAGGCUGUCAGAUCCAGUUCACAGUGGCCAUAGACUUUACAGCGUCAAACGGAGACCCCAAAAACAGUUGUUCUCUCCACUACAUCCAUCCAUACCAGCCCAAUGAAUACCUGAAAGCCCUGGUGGCUGUGGGCGAAAUAUGUCAAGACUAUGACAGUGAUAAGAUGUUUCCAGUGUUUGGGUUUGGAGGUCAGAUCCCACCUGACUUCAAGGUCUCACACGAUUUUGCCGUGAACUUUGAUGAGGACAAUCCAGAAUGUUCUGGUAUCCAGGGUGUGGUGGAAGCCUACCAGGGCUGUCUCCCUAAGAUCCAGCUGUACGGACCGACCAACAUCGCUCCCAUCAUACAGAAAGUUGCUUCUUCUGCCUCAGAGGAGAUGCACACCAAGGAAGCUAUGGAGUAUUUCAUCCUGUUGAUCCUAACAGAUGGAGUGAUAACAGACAUGGCUGACACUAGAGAAGCUAUAGUCCACGCUUCCCACCUGCCCAUGUCUGUCAUCAUAGUAGGAGUGGGAAACGCUGACUUCAGUGACAUGCAGAUGCUGGAUGGAGACGAUGGAAUACUCAGGUCCCCAAAAGGAGAGCCUGUUCUCAGAGACAUUGUCCAGUUUGUUCCCUUUAAAGACUUCAAACAUGCGUCCCCGGCAGCGCUUGCUAAGAGUGUGUUAGCAGAGGUGCCCAAUCAGGUGGUGGAUUACUACAACGCAAAAGGAAUCCAUCCAAAAUGUCUGUCUGACUAUGACGAAUCUACCAGACCCUUCAGUCCCUGAUCACGCAAACACACCUAUUAUAAACACACACACACCCAUUAUAAACACACACACACCCAUUACACACCCAUUAUAAACACACACCCAUUAUAAACACACACCCAUUAUAAACACACACCCACCCAUUACACACCCUUUAUAAACACACACACAUUAUAAACACACACCCAUUAUAAACACACACCCAUUAUAAACACACACCCACCCAUUACACACCCUUUAUAAACACACCUAUUAUAAACACACACACACCCAUUAUAAACACACACAAACCCAUUACACACCCAUUAUAAACACACACCCAUUAUAAACACACACCCACCCAUUACACACCCAUUAUAAACACACACACAUUAUAAACACACACACACCCAUUAUAAACACACACCCAUUAUAAAUUUGUAAGUCGCUCUGGAUAAGAGCGUCUGCUAAAUGACUUAAACGUAAAUGUAAAUAAACACACACACAUUAUAAAUACACCCACACCCAUUAUAAUCAUGCAUACACCCACACCCAUUAUAAUCAUUCAUACACCCACACCCAAUCUAAUCAUGCAUACACCCACAGCCAUUACAAACACACACACACCCAUUAUAAAUACACACACACCCAUUAUAAACACGCACACACAAAUUAUAAACACACACACACUGCAUACAGUAGUGUAGCCCAGAAAAGUAGUUUAAUCUGGUGGUUUCACUACGUAAUGUAUUACUGCAUGCUGGCCUAAUGGGUUUAACACACACACACACACACACACACACACACACACCCACACACACACACACACACGCGCGCACACACACACACCUUUUAAAGGUGACUUACAAUAUUGUUUAAGAAUAUUACAUACAGUAUAGGCUAAUUGAAGUUUAGUAAGAGUUGUACUUAUCAUAACCAUAAGGGCCUAUUAGUCCAUCGUUUAGGGUUAUGUUAACAUAGGAGACUUAAGGGCCUAUUAGUCCAU